UUUAAGCUCUAGCGAUCAAUAGAUACACUAUAUCUGGCCGGCUUCCCAGAUGGGGAACUGCACCUGCCGCACACAAAGCACAAACAAAAUCAACGAAAACAUCAUCCUACCUUCAACAAUUCCUGAGGAAAUCCCUGACGCCCGUGGGGACUGUGCGCGGUCGGUUGGCACUUUGACAGAGGUUAUCAAGAAAGCAAAAGGGACGCAGUGCCAGAUACUUCAACCAAAGAAAGUGAACAGAAUCAGCUGCUUUCCCACUCGGUUUUGUCAUUGUAUUUGUGCUAUCCCAAUGUGCAGGGCGACACCACAAAUGUGUCAACAAAAGGAACUUGAAACAAGCUGUUGCAAACUAUCGACUCACAAUGCAUUGCCCUUGUUAACAGUCCAGGAGCAUAAAAAAUGUGAACUUUGCUUAACGGACUGUUCUUCUGUUGGACAUAAUAAAAAUGAGUCCGGUCUGCAAUGUGAGUGUUUUGAAUAUGAACCAUAUUUAUCAACAAAGCAAUCGUUGCAGACACGGCAAGACAGUUACCGUUGCAACCAUAUCGCUAGUGCAUCCGCUCCAGGAGAUUACAGUAAUAACAAAGAUAAUUCUCAUCCGAACUUUGCCAUCAAAGUAGCAAAGGUAUUCCCACAGACUUCCAACGAUCAGUUGACGGCGCAUUUGCCUCGUCAAGACGAGCCUAGUCUAAUGCCCAGAGUUACCUCAUUUCCUAAGACGGACACAGCGUACGGAUUGAUAGUCAACCCAAGGAGUAGAUCAGCUCCAAACCUACAUUUUGUGUGCACAUCUGAUGAAAUCCCGACGAGAGGCCAUUUGGAAUACACGUGGUCAAGAGACCCUAGUGUUGCUGCCAAGGGUGCUUCACUGACUCGUAGCAAUUCAUGUAGCGCGCUAGUUGAUGAGAAAACACCAAAUUACUGGUGUCCAGCGCAAGUUAAGAGUGCCAGGUUACAGCGAAAUCGAUACACGCACUCCCCUGUGUCACGCAGUUAUUCUCCCCUAGUAAAGCAGCUGGAAACAAUUGAUGAAUUCUUUCCUUUCCACCCUCGCUGUCAUGCAACCCACCCCAGAAAAAUACGUCGUAGCUCCCCAAAGAAUGUCCUUCAGCGGAAUCAUUUCCCCGGAUCAACACCAUCACAACUCACGUAUAAUGGCAGUGUACCUUUCAAGUGUCUAAAUGCAGUGUUUCACUCAUUUCACACAAUACCAACGACAGGAAGUAUAGCAGAUAACUUUCAUCCCACGUGCUUAGCUGAAAGAAACCAGCCUACCAUUGAGGCAGACGUAUUUAAUCAUGAAAAUUGCUACUGUUUCUAUGGAUCUCAACCGAGUUUUCCUUGUUCUGGCAACCGUUGCUCUGCACAUUCUCAACCAUUACUGGGCCACUGUUGGCAUGAUCCUAGUUGGACAUAUUACCAGAAUUUUGCGCAAAUUCCACCCUCGUCCCAAUCCUGUGUCGGCUACUGUCCUUAUUACCUAAAACUACGUCACCAAUCAAGCCAUAACGCAAGGAAGACAAAGCAGCCUGGUGAAUUCAAUGCGACCAAAUGGUCGCCUGCAAAAUAUCGGUCGGUGAAACCUGACUGUAGACGGUCAAGAUCGAUCAGUCAGACCAACACAAGGCAGUGCUUAGCAAAACCGGAAACAAAGUUGGCCGGGGAGAAAACAUUAUACUCAAGUCACCCCAGUGACUCAUGUAAACACCGAUUUUAUCUCAAGGACUCUUAUGGAAUCGAUAGAGUGCUGGCUGAUCCUUGUGACAGACGCAUUCGGGCUAUAUGUGAUCGAUUCCAGUGUGAUCUAGAGGUGUAUUCAAAAAUACCCAAAAGCGGAUACAUGCAAUAUGUGAUUGACAUAUCCUCACCUUCUCUGUGGGCCCUACACUGUUGUGCAAGGGCUCUGGACUCAUCAUUAAACUGGUGUCUCUCACCACAGCUAGCCCAAACACCUGUGAGUAGCACGCUGAGUAAAUCCCCAUAGAAGUGAAUGCUUU